AUGGCCCGCAACCAAGGUGUUCUCGGCGGACCCGGUGACGCCUCGCAACUCCUCCAAGCAGGCUUCACCCAGAAGGCAUUCAACCAAUUUCUAUCAGCCUACCCUUCCAGUGCAAUCGCCGACAGCGUCACGACGUACAUCGAGCGAUCCGUCGAAUCCGUUACUAGCGUCCUCGCGAACGCAUCGCACGACACCGCAUACCCGCUUGACAGGCUCUCCAGCGGGAACGCGCUUCUCCGCGCAUACACCGAGACGAGCAACGCGUCCUACGGAGACGCGCUCACAGCGCUCCGGGACUCCGUCGAUCUUCAGCCGAAAAACGCGGAAGGCGGACUAUGGUACUACACAUACCCAGACUGGUCCUACCUCGACGGGAUGUACUCCUACGCGCCCUUCAGCGCCGCGUACGCGGUGCAGUACGACAUCGGCGCUCUACGCCACGCCGUCCAGAACGUCACUCACCAGCUCGACCUUCUCUGGGAGCAUUGCUACAACGCCACCACGGGCCUCCUUGUGCACGGGUACGACGCCUCCAAGACGGCCGUCUGGGCGGAUCCAGCGACGGGCGCGAGUCCGCACGUCUGGGGGCGCAGCCUCGGAUGGUACGCGAUGGCGCUCGUGGACACGCUCGAGCUCCUCCAAGGCCCGCUUGUCGACGCGGACGCAUGGCACCAUCUGCACGGCAGAUUCGUCGAGCUGGCGAGCGCGGUUGCGCGCGCGGCGGACCCGGCGACGGGUGGGUGGUGGCAGGUGCUCGACGCGCCGGGACGGGAGGGCAACUACAUCGAGAGCAGCGGGAGCUCGAUGUUCGUGUACGCGCUGCUAAAGGGCGUUCGCUUCGGAUAUCUCGAGCGGGGCUUCGAGGCCAUGAACGGGGAUGACACGACGGGAUCCAUUGCCAAUGCGUCAUACGUGGAUGUAGCGAGUCGGGCAUACGAGUACAUCGCCGAUACGUUCGUCGUGGACAACGGAAACGGCACGCUGGGGUACAACGGCACAGUGUCGGUGUGCAGUUUGAACUCGACAGCGUCAUACGAGUAUUACGUCGGCCAGAGCAUCCUGUACAACAGCGUUCUGGGAUCUGCCGCAUUCGUGCUUGCUUCGCUAGAAUAUGAACGCACCGUCUUCGUAUCGCUUUGA